AGCUAUUAUUAUAUGCACAAAAGUCUUUUUAUUCAUAAUAAUGUACGUGUAAAUCUAUAGCUACCAAAUUCGUCGCAGAAAAUUUCAGAAUAUUACAAAUUUAUUAAAGAAAAAAAGCUUAAGUACCUACCUGCAAAAAUAAAAAUAAAUUUCCAUCAGACAUGGAUAUAGUGGAGAAUAUAUUAACAUAUACGAAAAAAAAUAAAAAAAUGUCGGCAAGUAAUCAAAUCCAAGGUUUACAUUUAGCUCCUUUAAGGAGAUUUGAUGAUUUUACAGCAAAAUUUGAAUUGCCUGCUUUUAAUGAUUUGGAAAAAUGGGGUAAUCGUGUUGUAAAAAAUUUAAUGUAUUAUCAAACAAAUUACUUUGCAUUAUUUAUUGCCGUCUACAUAAUAAUGUUGAUAGCAAAUCCAACUAAAAUAAUAUGUGGUUUAAUUGUAAAGGCAGCUAUAAUUGCGACAACAGUUUAUUAUUUUUCAAUUGAUGGUAGAACAACAAAUGAAAACUCAUACAAAUGGGCGAUAUUAGCAGCACCAUUAUUUAUUGGAUAUUUAUUAUUAACGUGGUUUGAUGCGUUGCUAUUGUCCGCAUUUACAUUACUUUUACCAUUUUGUUUAACGUUUGUGCACGCAUCACUUCGAUUACGAAACAUUCGUAACAAGGUUGCUAAUACUAUGGAAAGUUUUGGACCAGCUACUCCUAUGAGUGUAUUCUUGAAAACAAUUAAUGUAACAGCUGAUAAAUUAAGUUUGGAAUAAAAAGGUAUACACAACAAGAAUAUUGGCACGAAAAUCUUUAACAUAAUUUAAAUUACAAAAUCAAAGAUCAGUCUUGAAUAUUAAUAUUAAUAUAAAUAUCUUAAUAUUUAUUAUAAUGUUAUUUCUUUGAAUUCUGUUUAAGAUGUGAUAAUAUUUUAAAAGGCAAAAUAUACAAUAAUAUUAUAUACUCAAUAACAAAACUUGACUUUAUUCCAAUUAAAAUGAAAUAUUACGUAUAUUAAAUUAUGUACAUAUACAUUAUUUAUUACAAUAAAUAGUUUUGAAUAGAAAUUAAGAUUAAUAUUAAUUUCUUUUCGAAAAUUUAGCUUAAGUAUGAUAAUAUACUGAAAACCAAAAAAAAAAACAAAAAAUACAGCUUUACAGAAUUAAGAUA